AUGGAUAGAGAUCACGGGCCGUCUAUUACAAUACGAGAACAGGAGAGAGACCGUGUUGAUUUCGUGUUGGGAAAUGUCGAUUUGGCAAUGGCAAACGCCGUCAGAAGAACUAUGCUCGCGGAAGUGCCCACAUUAGCUAUAGACUUGGUGGAAAUCGACGUCAACACGUCAGUACUUGCUGACGAAUUUUUGUCACAUAGGCUAGGACUCAUCCCUCUUGUCAGUGAAAAUAUAGAAAGUUUAAAGUAUUCGAGAGAUUGUACUUGUGACAACUACUGCCCUAGAUGUUCAGUAACGUUAGAAUUGACAGCCAAAUGUGACACGGACUCGACGAUGAAUGUUUAUGCAUCUGAUCUUUUCAAGAUUCCCAACGCACAAAGUCUAGGUGACCCUGUCCUAAGAGAUGAACAAAAUAAGGGCCCCAUAAUCUGCAAAUUGAGAAAACAUCAAGAAUUACGUCUAACCUGUAUCGCUAAAAAGGGGAUCGCUAAGGAACAUGCCAAGUGGUCGCCUUGUGCCGCCAUAGGGUUCGAGUAUGAUCCAUGGAACAAACUUAAGCAUACCGAUUACUGGUAUGAAGUCGAUGCAACUGAAGAGUGGCCCAAAUCGAAAAAUUGUGACUGGGAAGAACAACCCGACCCUGAGGAAAAGUUUGACUACAAAGCCAAACCAAAUGAUUUCUACUUUGAUGUGGAAACCGUGGGAAACUUGCCACCAAAUGAAGUUGUCCUCCAAAGUAUUGGAACUUUGCAAACAAAACUAGCAUCUAUUGUUAUGGAGUUGGACAAGGAAAGAGUGGAAGGGAAUAACGCUGAGGAAGGGGGCUUUACCACAUAUGGCAGGACUGAUUAUGGCCAUGGUGGAGAUACACCAAUGAUUGGUGCAACGCCUUACGGUGGUGACAACACUUUUGGAAACUCCGGUGGCUACGGUGGCGGAUCGUGGAAUUGA